ACCCGGAUGUGACUGGAUCGUCGCGUUGGCAGUCGGGGCUCUGAGGUGUGGGCGCUUUGGGGGCGCUGGCAGCCGAGGCGGAUGGCUCGGGAUUGGGCCGGCUUCUCUGAGGAGGAGCUGAGGCGACUAAAGCAGACUAAAGAUACAUUUGAACCACAGCGGCGUCUCCCUGUGAAGAAAAGUCGACAACAACUUCAGCGAGAAAAAGCCCUUCAAGAGCAAAGCCAAAAACUUGGGCUUCAAGAUGGAUCAAGCUCAGUACCUCCAGAGCAGCUGCUUUCUACACCAAAACCAAGAUUUAAUGCUCCAAACCCACAUUCUUCUUCCCCUGUUCCUCCUAGUCCUCUUACAGUCACUUCUCCUGUUGGUGAUGGAAAACCACAGGGCACUGAAAGUCAGCCAACGGAACCGGGACUUGAGAAUUCCCAUGAUAGUCACAAAAACACUGAAGUUCUACCUCCAAAGCCAGAUUGCAAAAUGGAAAAAAAGAAAAUGGAAUUGCAAGAAAAAUCUCGUUGGGAAGUCCUCCAACAAGAACAACGGCUAAUGGAAGAGAAAAAUAAACGUAAGAAAGCUCUUUUGGCUAAAGCUAUUGCAGAAAGAUCUAAAAGAACUCAAGCAGAGACCCUGAAACUAAAGCGGAUCCAAAAGGAAUUGCAGGCUUUAGAUGACAUGGUGUCAGCAGACAUUGGGAUCCUCAGAAACCGGAUUGAUCAAGCCAGCCUUGAAUAUUCAUAUGCUCAGAAGCGCUUUGACAGGGCUGAAGCAGAAUAUGUGACAGCAAAGCUGGAUCUGCAGCGCAAGACUGAGAUUAAAGAGCAGCUCACUGAACACCUCUGUACAAUCAUACAGCAGAAUGAGCUCCGCAAGGCCAAGAAGUUGGAGGAGUUGAUGCAACAACUGGAUGUACAAGCUGAUGAGGAGACUCUGGAACUUGAGGUGGAGGUGGAGAGAUUGCUGCACAAACAAGAAGCUGAAGCAGGGAAACAGAUGGUUCAUCUGCAGCAGCCAUUUCAGCCUUCCGGGGAGAGUGUGACAUUAGGGCUUGCCAAAGAGAACAGAAAUCAUCAAGACCAAGGCGCUUGUCAAAAGGUAGACGAACAGUGUGAACAUUCCAGUAGCUUUCCCAUUCUGAAUGCAGACCGAAGUCAAGAAGUUGAAAUUAUUGUAAAGGACAUUUCAGCUGCCCUGACCACGUGAAGUGCCAGUGUUUGUAUCUUCCAGCUAGUGCGGUGUUGAGUAAAGUAAACUUCUGUUGUGGGUUAUGCCAUGAGCUCUGAUAAGUGCAUCUUUAAAAUACUGUUAACUUUGAAUCCAUGGUUAGUUUUAGUAGAACACGUUUGACAUUCUAAACCCCCAUUGUGAUAAUUUGAUAGAUAGGCACACAGUUCACCUUGAUCCAGGGCCAGUUCCCCACAGUGCGCUCUUACUACCAGGUGGAAACAAGCCACCUGAACAGACUGAAGAAACACUACACGACUGAGAGUGUGUUGCACCAGGGAAAUCUGGAGGAGUGAGAUGGAAAGUGAUCCUCAACACCUAAUCAGACUCCUGUGAUGUUGCUUAGGAGAGGUGUUGAUGAUGAGAGUCCUGGUGUAUGUAGUCCAUAAAGACACAAAAAUUAACAUGUGAAAUGGACAGAAGGAGAAAAAACUAACAGAAGUAGUACACUGAAUUGUCUAUUGGAUCUUAGGCGAGCUGCAAAACCCAAGUUGGAAGCUGCAGUUUACAAAAGGAACCAGACAGCUUCAGUAACAUUCUUCAGUUCACCUUUUAAAUGGCUUUAACUUACAACCUGAGUUUUGAUUAGUUGCUACACGCACACACAGACAAAUACACCAUUAGAAUAUGUAAUUUUACUGUUAAUAUAUUGUCUUUAAUCAGCAUAUUGAUUAAAUUUAGACAAUGAAAACAUUUCUAUAGUGAGUUGAAAAUAAUAGAGAAAAUCUAUUUUAUCAGCAAAAUUGAUAUAUUUUCUUUCUAAAGUUGUCUGUAAAUAGGUGUUGUAUAUGUUGGUUAUAAAUUAUCCUGACAUAAAGCAUUUAAAUCGUUUAAAUGGUGAUUUUCUUAGUAUUUUAAUAGUCUGUUAAUUACUAACACUUCACUAAUACUUGACCACCAUAUUGUGCUAUAUGUGAAUGUAUAAAUACUAUUGUUUUGUCACAAAACCUGUGAAUUUCACAAUAAAUUAUGAUUUAUUUACCAGAAAUUCCAAAAAGUACAAAUACUACUCAAGUCUUGAAAAAAAACUAUUGUAAAAGAAUAAGGACAAACGUAAUAUUGUAUGUAUAAUAAUGCCAAAAAAGUUGGGGCCAUCCUAAUUUUAAAUUUUAAAUGAGUUUUAGUGUAUUCUAGCAAUGUGGAUGAGCUGUGUGUUUUUAUAUUAUGUAAUUUGUGUUGAAAUUAUAGCUUUCCAGCACUGACUUCUCUGAACAGAAGCAUUUACAUAGGUAGUUAUGUUUUUAUUUAUGAAUGACAUUCAUAAAAACUGAAAGCAUCAUUGUCCAAUACACUCUUUUUUUUUUUUUUUUUUACAAAUAGUUUAUUGUCAAAUUAGUUUCCACAUAACACUCAGUGCUCAUCCCCACAAG